AUGGCUGUAUCUUCGAGUGCCGAACCGGACCACCACCACCAGUUGAUGGACGUUGUGGCCGCGGCGGCGCCCAAGGCUGUCGUCGAGCAGACGGUGCCAUUGGCGUUCGCGGUCGCGGCGCCGCCCAGUAAUCUGCCGGCGUCGUCCGUGCCCAACGCGUCUGCCGCGAGAACGACCAAUCUUUCCGGCGAGAGCAGCAGCGCGCAGUCGGUGCACGACGACGCCAUGGAGACCGUGGUGGCACUGGGGCUGGGCGGCCACAGCGUUGGUCACAAGCACAGGGAGAGGGAGCUGCUCGUCGUCCCGGGCGGCCGCCGCCGCGACAAGCGGGAGCGGGUGCACGUGUGCAGCGACUGCGGCGCGGAGUUCGCCACGGGGGUGCAGCUCGGCGGACACAAGCGGAAGCACUGGGCCGGCGCCCCGAUCUGCAUUUCUGCCAAGUGA